UCCAAGUGUUUCUCCGGAACGAACUCGCGACUCCCAACGCGAGAGUUUGAACGAACGCCGAGCGCAAUUUCCAUCCAUUUCCUUUUUUUCUUUUUGUUUUUAUCUCGCGACACACCUCUGAAUCAAGCCAAUUUCCGCACGCCAACUUACUUGUAGCCUCUCCCUCGAUACCCGCUCCAUUUGCAGACCGAUCGGUUUUCGGUAUAACCGCUACUCCAGAGAACGCUUCCAAGACAAACAUGGCGCCUGCUUCGUCGGUCCCGCCUGCGCUCCCACCCUCGGUGGAGGAAGCCUACCGCCGAAAGUGCAUCCAGCUGAAGCAGCGAACGAACGAGGUGGAAGAGGCCAAUGACGCUGCCAGGUUGCGUCUCGCGCGCCUCAAGCGGCAGGUCGAGAAGAUGCGGCUCGAACGGGCCUUCCUGCUCGAACAGCUGGCCAGGCGGACGAGCACGAACGUAGAGGAUUCAGACGGUAGCCCCAGCCCUCCGCCGACGGUAAGUUCCCUGCCGGACAACCGGGACGCUGGCCACGGUCAAACACAUUCCCCUCCCGCGCGGACAACAAUCAUUGACGCCAUACCCUCUCCGCCAUCACAGCCCAAGGACAAGCCGUUGCGCAUCAAGCGCGGCCACCGCAAGCCCUCCGCGUUUCCCGCCAACCUCGAUGCUGCCACCUCGGUAAACGCCGCCACACCCGGCUCGACGACCUUCAUCAGCCAGAACCGCCUACUCCAGUCACCCAAGUUGGACGCCCUCUCCACCGCGCGGCAGGGCGAGGGAAGCAAGACCAACGGUGCGCACAAGGGCGCGCCCAAGAUGCCCGGCUCCGCGUUUGACCUGUACUGCGAUGAGAACCGCCCGUCCCUCCAAGAGAAGGCCAAGCCGGGCGACGACGUGGAGGAGAUGCUCUCCAGCGGCUGGAAGGAACUAUCCGACAGCCAGCGCGAGGAGUACCGGGCGCGUGCCGAUCACCAGAUGGCCGAGUACAAGAAGCAGAAGGACGCGUACGACGACGACGCCAAGGCGAAGGAGGGAUCCGAAGCUGCCAGCGCCAAGGCGCAGGAGAGCAGCAACGACAAGGCCGAGUCGACAGAACCGGACCGGCCGGCGGCCGGGGCGAAGGAGGAGGAAGCGUCCCAGAAGCAGUCGUCGUCGUCGUCACCGCGACAGCAACAGCAGCAAGAGAAGCAGCAACAGGAGCAGGAGGACGUCGAGAUGACGAAUUAUGACACGGAUCAGGAGACACAGGGCGAGAAACCCGAGGAGUAGCGUUACUGGGGCUAUCACCACGCUGCGCGUGAGCAGCAGGGCCCUCCAGAGUCCGCCCGUCAGAUUCAGGGGUACGGGGGGUGGGCCGGCCAUGCUGGGAGUCAUAGAGGGGCAGGACACGGG